AUGGAAAGUCUUCAACAUGCAGAAUCAAGCUUUGAAAACGAAUCCGCAGCACCGGAAAAAUAUCUCUUUCGCCUAAUGAAACUAGUGCGAGAAACCCAAUGCGAGAUGGAGGUGAUAAAGCCCGUGCUGGAUGAAUUGGAAGUCAUGCGAUUGUGUUGCAGCUUUGGAAUGAUGUCGUCCGUGAAUGCCAAAGAUUUCAACUAUAGUGCUUUGCACGCACGCGAGUUUGAUGAUGACUUUGUUCGAUUUCUUCGAUUUGAGCUGCUGGAAAAUUCAUGUCCAGGACACGUCAACAUGAAGGGAUUUUUUGGAAAACAAACACAAGUUUCAGAGGCUUUGGUUGACAUGAAAGCGUGUUCUAGGGAGACACUUGCGUCACUCACUGAAGCCAAUGAAGGCAUUUACUGUGUAAAGGUCAUUGCCGACCAAAGUGAAGCUCAAGGGAACGAAGACGAGAAGCCUAGUCUGGUGGUGUUCUCCUGGAUCCGUGACACGCAGUUUGAGCCGCAACGGCUUCGGAACACGCCAGCAUUUGUACUGCGUUUUCUUACGGGAUUGACCCCUGACAUUAUCUGUUGCACCUCACCAUCCGACAUGGAACAGAUAAAGACAGCAAUGGCGUCUUCGAAUGACCAACGAGACGACGAUCUGUCUUCAUACUCCGUCUCAUUCCAUAUUGAGAAGCAAGAGGACCAGCCUGAUAGUACUGAGUGUAUGGCAGUGUCCUCAAUCGAUUUGGAAAACAUUCCUGAUGAUUGCUCCGAAAUUUGCUUGAUAAAAGGAAGUUACCCAGCUAUCGCCAUCACGAAAACGAUGAGCUCUGCAAUCCGUACUGUGCCAGUUCGACACACGUUUCACGUGCCAGGAUCGUUUCCAGAGUGGCUAAAAGAUGAAUCGAAGGACUUCCGAAUUGAUUUAAGCCAUGGAAUUGUUCGAUCAGUAAAACUCGCCCAAAAUAUUCUGAAAAAAUUUGAGAUGUGGCCCGAAGAUGAAGUGAAUGCUUGCCGAGAUGCUCAUGAGAAAAAAUUGAACGAUGAUUACGACGCAGCAACUAUGAAGCUGAAAACUGAGAUUGCAGAAAAAAAGACGGUGGUUGAUAACGUAUCGAAUGAGUUGUUUCGUCUCCGCGCUGUUGGGACGUCGAAUGCAGAAUCUGAUGUUUCUUCGCAGACAGCCUUCGCAGCCUAUGAGGCAUUUCGAGAAUGGCUCAAGUCAACGUGCUCUUGGAAAAUUGAUCGCAAGAUUGAAUUGAGCUUAGACACACCGACGCGCUUUCAAGAAAUAAUGGGUGUGCUGUUUGAACUGUAUUCUCGUGGUCAUGAAGGUGAACUGAGCAAGAUAAUAGAAAUGUGCGCUACUAACUCCAAAGCAGAGAUCUUGAAAGCCAUCAAGAAUCGCAACUUAGAGAAAAAGAGUUCCGAUUCGAAAAAGGUGGUUGUAGAUGGCGAAGAACAAAAGGCAAUGUGGCAAUCAUUUUUAGUGUCAACUGCUGGACCCUUGGACAAACUACGAACGAAAUGGUGGCUUGCUUUGGAAAGCGUGCUUGCCACAGUUAGUGAAGAGCGACUAAAAGAUCUGAAGAGUGCGAAAAAGCAUGCCAAGACUGCCUGGUAUGAUGAUCAGAAGGUGGUCAUCGCAAACAAAUUUAAUGAGCUGCGUAAAGCUUUAUUGUCGAGAGACGGAUUGUUGCUGUCUGUUAGCGCACAUACCCGUGGCAAAAGAACUGUUCUGUGUGAAGGAACCAGAGAGGUUCAUGCUCCACCUACUGCUUAUCACGAUAUUGUAAAGUUGAAUACGCAAGAAAGGAAACUGAAAAGAGCUGACGAGCGACAGGAAUAUCUGGGUCGGCUUCUACUCGAACCAGACACAAAUCAUGUGGCAAUUUUUACCGUUAAGGUGCGAUCUGUAGUGCAUAUUUGUACAGGAAGCGAGCGCAUGGCUGCAAAGUUAAUCCAUUUCCCGGUGACUACAAACUCUCGUCGACCUCCACGCGCUAAUGAAAAGGUCGUUCGCACAUUUGGCAAAUUUGCCUCAGCUUGUGACUACGACGCCCGGAAUCGAGUUUUAACAUUCCUUUCGAAAGAAUCGGUGGGGAUCUAUAAGUUUGAUGAGUCGUUCAAGCGUUUGGAUUGUAUGAAACAUAUUGAUUUGGAUGUUCGCUCGACGCUUACAGAUCUCCCAUUCACGGAUGUCCUAUUAUUAGAUAGCACGGUGUACGUGACCGACUCGAGUGGAAGCUCUCAAGGUAUUGACAUGCACAACGAUCAAACGUCAAGCGUCAUGAGUGUGCACGCUGGCACUGAAGUGGAUGUUUCGCACAGCCGUCUGCUGGAACUAGCCGAUCACCUAGCCGUUGGAGUUGUGUCGUGCGCACCAAGUGAUGAUGGAGCUUUUGAAGGGAAUCUUGAGUGCAAUUCUCGAGACGAUCACCGCGCCCUACCGAUCUUGCCUCUUGGUGUGAAAUUUCUGACGGACAAAGUAAGUGCCCAAUGUGUCGAUGACAAAGUGCUCGUUCUGGACCCCUUGGCACAAAAGGUAUAUGUAUUUUCCAUCCAAGUGACUGUGCGUAGUGAUUCGUACCGAAUGCGGCAAUCUGACACCACAGGGUCAAAGUCCGAUGACCCUGAAUCAAGCAAUGCUGAAUGCCCACGGAAGCAACACUGGAUGUACACGUUUUACCACGUAUUCGAGAAGUUUCCUGUUCGCAGCUCUCUGGAUCGUAGUGCACCAUCACUUGUGUCGCUUCUUAUCGCUUGCCCUGGCGUCGAGAACACCGCUUCUGCUCUUGAGAGCUACCACGAUUUUCUAUCGCUGCUCAUGAGCGACCUAAUGGAAUUGAACAAGCCCCUACACGGACUAAAUCUAACGAAAGAUCUUAAAGUGCAGCGUUCGUUGUUGGGGGUGACUUUCGAUUCAAAGUCGCUCAAGUCUUUUUUUCAGACGCUCAUCACAUUCCUGCCAGUUCAAAUAUGUCGUGCCGAAGGAAAUGCAUUAACAGUAUUGCAUGAUGGAAUGGAUCAGUCAUUGGAUGAGCUAGAUGUGGACGUUCAGGCGUGGGGGGCAGCCGACAUUGCAGAGUCGGUUCGAUUUGGUCUUUUAUCCCCUCUACUAUGUGCCUGGCGAGGUCGUUGCGUAGUGAUCACGUCAAUGGGUAAACAGUCUACCGGAAAGAGCUACUUUUUAAAUCACCUUACGGGAUCAUCGUUCGCUAUCGCCGGGAACCGUUGUACUGAUGGCGCGUGGAUGACGUUACGCAUCAUGCAAGAUAUCUUGUUAGUGGUUUUGGAUUUCGAAGGUCUCGGGUCUUUUGAGCGUACUGAUCAAGAGGAUGUGUUUUUGUCGGUGUUAAAUGCUUCAGUGUCAAUGUUCACGAUUUUUCGCAUGGAAAUGAGAUUCGAUAAAGACAUUGAUGGGCUGUUCACCAAGUUUCAGAAGGGAAUCAAUCUAUUGAAGAAUGACGAGCGGCUUUUUCAAGGAACUUUGUACAUGAGUGUGAAAGACGUUAAUCCGAACGAUCGUCAGGGCGUGCUAGCGGAGUUUCGACGCAAGUUCCAGAAGCUGCUGACUGCCAAUCGUGAGCAGAAUUUCCUCACAGAGAUGUAUUCCGGCAAACUGGGAAUCAAUUGCUCCCCGCCUCUAGGGACCUUGGGCUAUUAUGAAUCAUUGCGUCACGCGCGACAGUUGAUUGAAAAACUUGUCAAAGACUCUGAAUCAUUGCGCGGAUUUAAGAGCGGGAGCUCUUUCCACGAUUGUAUUCGUUUGGUACUGGCAAAAAUAUCAAUUCUGGAUUGGACUGCUGUCGAUAAAAGCUCUCAGCGACUGGAGAUGAAUGAGCUUCAUCGAAAAUUGCCUGGCGCUAUCCGCACGGGGUGCUUGAUUCCUUUAGAGGCCCAAUUAAAAGACGAAAACCUGCCGCAGUGUCUCAAAGACCCUCUUCUUCACGACGAGAAUGUUGUUUCCAUGCUGGCUUUGAAAGAGCUUAGCCGUGACUAUCCUGAAUUGUCCGAUAGCUGGGCAAAUGCUGAUCAAGAAGUGACUUUGGAUGAAAUAAAUGACGAAGACAUCGACUUUGGUCCUUCCGUCUGCAUUCACGCUAGUGUUGACUCAAACCACAUCCACUUCACUCUUUUGAGCCUGUUCCAGCGUUACUUGGCGUUAACCUCAAAAGGUUCGCUGGAAAAGAUUGUCGACAAAGACUAUGCAAACUUUGAUGCAAUCUUGUCGUUCUUGGUUCGACGUCGAAAAACGAAGGUGAUCUUGUGGGUGAAGCAAUUCUUGGGCGCGGAACGUUUUUUAGAUGAAUGGGAGCAGAUAGAGCAGACUUAUUUUCUUCCGUUCGAGGCUCAAUUCAAAAGAUGCUUACACUCUUGCGCCAAGUGUCAACUUCAGUGCAUGCGAUCCGUAUGCCAUUUAUUUAAUGAAGAGCACGAUUGCGGUAUGAGUCAUGUGUGCCGCGGACUGUGUGAGUACUGUAUGCGGAAUUAUCAACCCGGGAAAGAGAUGCCUCAUUGUGUUGGUAAGGCUGGCCAUGAAGGAAAGUGCGAUUGCGCGAAGGGUGAUCAUACCUGCGGAGCUGAGUGUAGUCUGGUGGGUGCUUCCAACUGCGGUGGGCUUUGUGUGAUGCUUCAAGGACAUGACGGAGAUCAUCGGUGUUCUGUGAAGCAGCACGCAUGUGGAGCUGCAUGUAGCGCGACCAACUGCGGUGGCAAAUGCAUUUUAAACACUGAACAUAGCCACACUGUGCAUAAGUGCCCUGAAACACAGUGCAUUCACGUGUGUGAGAUGGAUAGCUGCAAGGAGCGGUGCAGUACCGCUAACCAUUUUCAUGGCCAACCCAGCUUGUGGGCGAAAUUUGCCGAGGAGAAUGGGCAACCGGCUGACGAUGCCGCAUUUCUUACGAUUGAUAAAGGACUGCUUCACUUGUGCAACUCGCGUCACGCGUGCACUGCAACAUGUGAAGCGGAUGGGGUCUGUAGCAAGACUGUUCAGGUAUCUACGAGCAAAUUCUCGGGGGCAUGUGACUCUUUUGAUUAUGAGCUAAAGCAAAUGGUCGCAGUUCGCAACAAGUGUGUCAUUGUUCUUCAGCCAGGACAAAUAAAUCACGAUGGAUGUCCUCACUCAUGUGUGAAGCUGCUUACGGAUGGGACCAAAACUGUUCACGGAUGCGGAGUGAGGUGUUCAGCUUGCGAGUAUUAUUGCGAUAAACCUGUCGGACAUGACGGGGACCACUCAGCUGCACAUGGGAAUAUGCGCAACAUGCACUUUGUUGCUCAAGAUCGUGUUAUUCCUUGGGAAAACCGCAAGUAUGAGGUUGGAGAGAAAGGAAUUGCCGAAAUGUGCAACAUGUUCUGUUCUUCGGCAGGACGGGGUCAUGUUCACUAUUUGAAGUGCGACAGAGCAGCCUCGUCUAGUUGUGUAUACUCUGGUUUACCAGACCAACGUCGCCACUGUCAUCUCGAGCUGAAGCCACAUCCGAAACAUGAGGUGGAUGAAGUUUUACAUGAAAAGUAUUGGAAGACGAUAGGAUGGGAGGAUCCCUGUCGAUCUGCCGCCGAACGCCUUGUGUUUGGUAAAUGUCCUUACUUGUGUGAUGCUCCUGAGCACAAUGGUGAAGACAAGUCACCAUCCUACUGUGACUUGGAUGUAUGGCAUGAUCCGAUUGCCACUUCAACAAUUACUAAACGUGAGGGAUAUACAAUCGUCAGUGGGCAUCGCUUUGUGUGUUCUCACACUUCCGUGACAGGUUUAAUUCACCAUGUGUUUGUAUUGGACUGUUCGGGGUCAAUGCGAGGGAAGCCGUGGCAGAAACUGGUUGAGGGUGUUCGUAAAUACAUACUAAGUCGAUUGGCAAGUGGUGCAACGCAAGAUCUCGUCUCAGUGGUCACUUUUGGGAAUCAAGGAAUUAUCGAGUAUGAACGUGUCCCGAUUGAAUCGGCUCCUUAUCGACGCAUUGAAUUCCACGGAGGUGGAACUUUCUACUCGAAUGGCUUACGUGAAGCAAAUGCUCUUUUUUCACGUACAGCUUUGGACGAAUACAAGCCCGUGUUAAUAUUCUUUACUGAUGGUCGUCCUGCAGAUACCAAGAAAGGACCGAAAAUGGCAAUGGAUGUGCGAGCACGUUAUGAAAAGUUUGGACUACAAUCAUUUGUAGUGGGCUAUGGACGAGCGAGUGAAUUGGGGGUGGCGGAUCUAGCUAAGAGAUUGGGAGGUUCUGUUCAUCGAACGCUCACUCCUGCGCACUUUGGCGAGACAUUCCGCUCAAUUUCUCUUUCGCUUGGAGCUCGUGCUGGACUUAUUCACAGCACAACGAGUUAA